AUGUCGAACCCAGGAGUUUACGCUGAUUUGGUCAAGAUCCCAUCCGAUUUCCUCAAGAAGGAUUACCCAGAGACCCAACAAAUCGAGGUCACCGAGAAUGUUUCUGGAUACCCAGUCUCUUUGAUCAACACCCUCACCCGCAAGCAAGACGGCUCUGUCCUCUUCAACUUCAACCCAAAGAUCAACCUCGGCAAGCAGUUCCAGAACGGUCUGCUCAGCGUCAACGUUGACACUGCCAAGAACGCCAAGGGAGAGCUCACCUUCAACACCCUUGCCCCAGGUCUCAAGGCCGUCCUCACCGUAAGUGUCAAAGGCAACAAAAAAAGUGGCGGAGGUGGUGGCAGUAGUGGGCCGUUGCAGGGGCGUCUUGCAUUGCACCACAAUACUAGCUUCUUUGGAGGUUGUUGUCGAAUGCGCUCGAAACUGAUCAUUGAUCCGUCAUCACUAUUAUCAUCAUCAUCACAGGUCGACUCGAACUCUGCCCAGACCGAGCUCCAAUACAAGAAGGAUGCCGUCGCCUUGACUGCCAUCAUCCGCUCCAACAAGAAGUUCACUGCCUCUGCAGUGUUUGGAUACCAGCAGUUCUCGCUCGGUUUGUUGGCCAACGUCAACGCCCAGAGCCAGGAGGUCGAGGGACUCGAGGGAACUCUCCUGUACAGACGCGAGGGUUUGUUGAUUGGUCUGUCACCAAAGAACAAGGGCCAGAACUUGGCCAUCACCUUGUUCGACAGAGUCAACGCCCGUCUCGCCAUUGGUGCCGACAUCAACGUCGACAUGAAGAAGCUGGACGCCGUCCCCAAGUUGACCAUUGGCUCACAGUACUUUGUUGACAGCAAGUCAUUCCUCAAGGUCAAGGUUGACCAGGACCUCAGAAUCGGUCUGGGCUACACUGUCCCAGUCAACGACACCACCAAGGUCCAGCUCGGCCUCAGCGUCAACUCCAAGGACCUCUCUGUCGAGGGCAAGCACACCUUUGGUUUCAACGUCACCUUGGCUCUCUAA